AUGGGGCAGGUGUGGUUCCAGAACCGGCGCGCCAAGUGGCGCAAGCAGGAGAAGGUGGGCCCGCAGGCGCACCCCUACUCGCCGCUGCAGGCCUACGGCGCGCCCCUGCUGCUGGCCGCCGCCUCCGCCAAGGACGCACCGCCCCUCGGCCUGGACGUGCGCAGCUCCAGCAUCGCGGCGCUGCGCCUCAAGGCCCGCGAGCACGAGCUGCGCCUCGAGAUGCUGCGCAACGACGGCGACGUCGCCAGCUGA